UUAACUUCAGGGAAUUUUAGUCUCGAUCCAAACUUUUAGAACCAGACUUGAAGCAUGAUUCGUGAAGCCGGAAUGGGUGACAGCGUCGUCACAGCCUUUUGUUGACCAUGGAUUCUGAUGACACAGCAGAAUCGACUCUGAGGCACCGUACAUCCUCAAGGCUUCAGGAUUGUUGUAUAGGUGCCACCCCUUUGCAGAAACGAAUAGAAUCAGUCAGGAAGCAGGUUUCGUUUGUCCCGACUCCACCGCGAAGGAAAAUUCCUCAGUGUUCACAAUUACAGGAAGAUAAUGAUCCUCAAAAGGUUGCAUUCAUUCUGCAUAAACAGUGGACUUUAUAUAGUUUAACUCCCCUAUAUAAAUUCUCCUAUACUAAUCUCAAAGAGUAUUCUAGACUUCUGAGUGCAUUUAUUGCAGCUGAAAAGCAAAAAGGACUUGCUGUUGAAGUGGGAGAAGACGUCAGCGUCAAAGUGACUUUCUCCACUCUCCUGGGAAUGAAAGGCACACAAAGGGACUCCGAAGCCUUUCUUGUCCAGAUUCUGUCUAAAUCUCAAUUGCCAUCUGAGAACAGAGAACAAAAAGUGUUGUGGACUGGUUGGUUCUGCUGUGUAUUUGGAGACAGUCUUCUGGAGACUAUUCCAGAAGAUUUUACCUGUGUACCUUUAUUCCUUGCAAACGGAGCAGAGACGAAUACGGCCCUAGUUGGAACCUGGUUUCAGAAAACUUUUGAUUGUCAUUUCAGUCCCCUAGCAAUCAAUGCAUUUAAUCUUUCUUGGAUGGCUGCCAUGUGGACUGCAUGCAAAAUGGACCAGUAUAUGGCUGCUACCGAACUUCUUUGGUCUGUACCCUGCAGCCCUCAGAGUCUGGACAUUUCUUAUGCCAUACAUCCAGAGGAUGCGAAAGCUCUGUGGGACAGUGUCCACAAAACCCCCGGGGAAGUUACUCAGGAGGAAGUUGACUUAUUCAUGGACUGCCUUUAUUCACACUUCCAUAGGCAUUUCAAAAUCCAUUUGUCAGCCACAAGAUUGGUCCGUGUUUCAACAUCCGUAGCUUCAGUGCAUACUGACGGAAAAAUAAAGAUUCUGUGUCAUAAAUACCUCAUUGGAGUCUUGGCAUAUUUGACGGAACUGGCAAUUUUUCAAAUCGAUUGAGGUCUUGGAGGAACUAUAAAUUUUGGAUUAUAUAACUUUUUCUUACAGAUUAUUUGCCUAAUUUCUAUGCUGAGAGAAACUACAAGAGAAAUAUGCAUCUAUAUCCACAUCUGUUUUGUUCUCAGUGCCUUUGGAAUUGCCCAGAUAGAAGUGAAGAAGGAUCUAGAAAAAUAAAGAAGGUGGUACUGAAUGAAUCACAGCCAGGUGUUCAUAUAAGAGUCAUGAUGAUCUGGGAUGCCAGUCUUUAGAAAAUGCUGAGUUAUUUUCUUGGGCGAUCUUAUAUCAAAUUUUUAGGAUUCAAAUGAGAUAUCUCUAAUAUUGAGUAUUUUUGAUUUGGGUCUUUAAAAACCUUUAAUCCCUUUUAAGCAUUUUAGAGUUGGAUUCAGAGAGAAUUUCUGUCUUCUAAAGACAUUUUCCUAGUAUCAUUUCACUGUAGAGAGUUGGCAGUCAAAAUCCUCUCCAAAGGAAACUAAAGAUUAAUAUACAUUUUUUAAAGCCACUAAUGUGUUUCUGUUUUUAAUACUGUUCAAUUCUUAUUGCAAUGUUGAAUUAAAUAUUCACUUUUUAAAUGAA